AUUACUUAAUUUGUCAUUAUCACUUUUGUUAAGAGUCGAAACUCGGAAGUCGAAAUCUCUCUUCUCUCAAUCGCCCCCCUUCUGUUUCUCUCUCUCUCUGCAACUCUUCUGGUAUUUCGGGUCUUCUUCAAACCUAGUUGCUGACGCCCUUUCCAGCUUUAGCUUGUGUAAGAAUUGGGUUCGAAGUUAGGGAUUUGAUUUUUUUUCCCGGUUGAUAUCUGAAAUCUAAGGAUGGCUCAGGCUGUCGAAGAAUGGUACAAGCAGAUGCCAAUCAUCACUCGGUCAUAUCUUACAGCUGCAAUUGUCACAACCGUUGGAUGCUCUCUCGAGAUAAUCUCCCCGUAUAAUUUGUAUUUGAACCCAAAUCUUGUCGUACGGCAGUAUGAAUUCUGGCGCCUCAUCACAAAUUUCUUGUACUUCCGGAAAAUGGACUUGGACUUCCUAUUCCACAUGUUCUUUCUUGCUCGAUACUGCAAGCUUCUUGAAGAGAACUCCUUCAGGGGAAGGACUGCAGAUUUCUUUUAUAUGCUCUUAUUUGGUGCCACAGUGUUAACUGUCAUAGUGCUUGUUGGUGGGAUGAUACCUUAUGUAUCAGAGUCUUUUGCAAAAAUUUUCUUCUUAAGCAAUUCAUUGACUUUCAUGAUGGUUUAUGUCUGGAGCAAGCAGAAUCCCUUUAUCCAUAUGAGUUUCUUGGGACUUUUUACUUUUACAGCAGCCUAUUUACCAUGGGUUCUUUUGGGAUUCUCUAUACUUGUUGGUACUAGUGCUUGGGUGGAUUUGCUGGGAAUGAUAGCUGGCCAUGCAUACUAUUUCCUUGAAGACGUAUAUCCACGGAUGACAGGUCGUCGCCCACUGAGGACUCCAUUGUUUAUCAAGUCACUUUUUGCUGAUGAAACCGUAGUGGUAACUCGACCAGAAAAUGUGAGAUUUGCUCCCCCACCAGCACAGGAGGAUCACCAAGAUUAGUUUAGAUAUCGAAGAAAUCAACAUUGACAUGGAAGGGUAGCCAGUGGCUGAUUUUGAUCUUCCCUUGCAAACAGUUGGAAGCUGCAAGUCAGCUCCAAAAUCCAUUAAGGCGAGAGGAAUAGUGGUGAUGUACCAAGUCUAUGUCGUCAUUAAAUACCUGGUUGAAUUGACAACGUUGGGAUGUUAGGUAUAGAUUAUGUUGUUGUUAAUGCUUUCUAGUAGGGCCCUGUGAAGUAGUUGACCCUUUGCAUAGUUAUAUCAAUUGUGUAUAGUUUGGAGAGAUUGUCUCGUGUAUCUGUCGUUUCUUAUAAUUUAACACACAUUUUUGACAAAGCAGGUUCCAUUGCUUCUUCAGCCUUGAACAAACAACCUAUUUUAGUCUUGCUUUA